AUGCGCGCAUCUCCUCAUUCAUCGACGACCCCCGCCCAAAACAGCUAUACAUCAGAAGAAGGCCACGGCAUGUACGGCCGCGAACGCUCAAGAGCAUACUCUGAACACCCCACGCCCCGGGGAGGCAAGGGAGGAGGCAGCAGGAGGCAGAGGGAGCGAGAAUGGGAUGGAGACGCUGCGUAUUACCCCGACGACGAUAGGAGGAGUCGCAGGCGUGGUGACCGAGAUAGGGGGAGGGAGAGAGAAUGGCAGAGGGAUGCGUGGGAUCAGGAGCGGGAGAGGGAGGGAGGGCGGGGCGGGGCGGGGUUUGACCCGGAUGGACCGAUGAGUGGUGUGAAUGCUAUACGGCCCAGGGGGAGUACUGGUGGGGGAGGCAACUUGUCUGUGGGGCCGUUGUUGAGAGGGGUGGGGCUGUACUUGACGACGGAUCUUAUGGAUUUGAGGGAGAAUCGCGCGGUGUUGCUCGGUACCGUCAAAUCAAUGGCAGGUACAGCCAUAGCCGACGCUCUCCAUACCCGUGUACAAGUGGUAGUUGUCAACAUCGACCCCGACUGGCCUACCAAUCUCUGCCUCCUCGUCCAAGCUGACGAUACCGACACCUUUGACGUUUGCAAAGAGUACAACAAUUGGACGACGUCGAAUGCGAUAAGACAUCUGGCACAGGUGGUUGGGGACUUGAGAGAGGGCGAGGUGAAAUGGCGGAAGAGGGUGGUGAGGAAAGAGUGGUUGAGUGCUUGUCGGGAUAGUGGGAUGUAUCUUGGCGAGAAGGAAGGGUUUGGGGGUUGGGAAGUCAAAGCAACAUGGGAUCCUCAUCUCGCUAGCCGACCGAAUGAGCCGUAUGCGGGCGAAGAUGGCGAACACCAGAACGACGAGUAUCACCCAGGCGAAAGAGAAAACGUGCAAGGUGUCGAUGAUUUGCAUGCCGACAACAACGGCAACGCCUCUCCUUCUAGGCUUCCUCUCGACAUUCCCGACCGCCUGCUCAGUAUGGCCCAACCUCGACCCCCACUUGAUCCAUCCCCAACCAAACCCUUCGAUCCUCGAAUCAAAAUCAACGGCACAGAACCAUACCCAUCUCCCCAGGACUCUGCAUAUCUUCCCCGGGCUACAUUGCCGCCCGCCGGUUCACCUAUCAACAUACGUCGUCCAGCGCCUCAGUUGAGUGAAGCUCUUUCUGGAUUGAUGGCAGCGCCUUUGCCUGUGCUGAACGGGGGUCUCGGUAAUGGGCAUGGACCGCCAUCGAGGGCUGGGACGGCUACGGGUAGUGCUGUGGGUAGUGUGGGGAGCGGCACAGUGGGCACGAGAAAGGAGGGGCUGUUUGUCAUCGGAGGGAUGGUACCUCUUACGUUCUUCAUGGUGGAACCCUCCAGGGCUGUUGAGAUCAUGAUCAAAACCCUCGGUGCCGGUAUAAUAACCCUCCCCCACGUCGCUCAAAUUCACCUCUUCCCCAUCCCUCGUCUUACCGCCCCUCAAAAUCCAGACCAUGUCUCGGCAUUGGAAGCGUUGAGAGGCGAUGAGGGGAAGGUGGCGGUUAGUCAGGAGUGGGUGUUGGAUUGUUGUGAGAGGAUGGAGGUUUUGCCGAUGGAAGCGUAUCUUGUGCGAUAG